CAGAACGAGUUCGCUCGCUCGGCCGCUGCCCAAACCCUUAUUCCUCUCCGGCAAUCGAGCGAGGACAAAGCCAUGGCGGGGCGCGAGAUCCUGAUGCUCGAAGCGCCGCCGGACGCCUCCCGCCAGGGGUGGUCGGCGGGCCCGGACGCGGAGCUCGUGGACGCCCUGCCUUACAUCGAUGACGACUACGGCGAUCCUAGGGUGAAGGGAGAGGUCGACCGGCUCGUGGAGGAGGAGAUGCGGAGAAGCGGCAAGAAGCCCGCCGACUUCCUCCGAGAGCUUCCGCCUCUCCCGAAACUUAGCUUCGAGGAUCACCCUAUGCUUGCUAGAGAGUAUGAACGUGUAAGAGCCGGCAAGCCUCCUGCAACUUUAGAGAUGUCCCGCUAUGGAUUGGAACCUCCUCCAGCAAAUAAGCGCAAUGAUGUUACUGCUUGGAGGUUGGCCCUAAGGAAUGCACAAAGCCUUCUACAACAUCAAGUUAUAAGGAUUGAGAAUCUGGAAAUGUUGUUGAACCAUGGUGCUGAGGUCUGGAAGCAUCAGAACAGAGAAAUGGAGGCAUAUUUAUCCAGAUUAGAAGCUACGGCAAGGGAGUAUGACAAACUGAUAGAAGCGGUAAAUCGUGAUAGGAAGUUCCAACAGCAAAAUACAGGUGGGCAACUUAAUAUGCUGAAUGCACAGUGGAGGGAAUUGUGUCAGAAGAACAUCGAAAUCCAGGCUGCAUGUGCAGAUCUGCAGAAUCAUAUCGACCAAAUCAAGCUAGAGGCAAAAGAGAGUGGCUUAGAUCUGGAUAUGAAAAUGGAAAACUAGCUUGCUGACGAAAGGAGGAAGAUAGGAGGGGUAAGUCCAAAUUUUGCAGACACAAGUAUUAAGAGCAUGAUUGAGUGCAGUCUGCCUACUAAUCAAUCCUGCAACAAGGUCAUUUCUUAAAACCAAAGUUCCACAUAUGGACUUGGGGGGUUUCUCAAGUUGCAUGUCCAUUUCCUAAUCCUGAAAUUUAUUCGGUUGUCUUGUAUCAAAAAUUCUUGACUUCCAAAAUAUGUUUAUGUUUUGCCAGCAAAUAGGCUAAUGGGACUGCCUGCCAUUUUCCUUCUU